AUGGACUCCCUCCACAACAUGCCCCCCAAAGCGCCGUACGGCAAGCUCAACAUCGCCGUCGCCGGCCUCGGCCGCAUGGGCAAGCGGCACGCAAAGACGCUGAUGUACCGCGUCCCACAAGCCAACCUCGCCGCCGUCUGCAGCAAAGACGAGAAGGAGCUCGAAUGGGCGCGUCAAUUCUUCGGUGCAGACGGUGCCGUCAAAGUAUUCGACGACUACGACACCAUGAUCCAGCUACCCGGUUUGCAAGCCGUCUGGGUCUCUACGAGUACGAAUGUGCACGCGUUGCAGACCACCGCUGCUGUCAAGAAGGGACUUCACGUUCUGUGUGAGAAGCCACUGUCACAGAACCUCGAUGAAGCUCGAGCGGUCGUCCAGCUCGCGAAGGACAACCCGCAUCUCAAGGUUAUGGCGGGCUACUCACGCCGCUUCGACGCUUCUUACCGUGACGCCAAGGCCAAGGUAGACAAGGGCACUAUUGGCGAUGCGUUCAUUGUACGCUCGCAAACCUGUGAUCUCCUCGAUAACACUGGGUUUUUUGUCCGGUACGCUGCGAAGAACGGUGGUGUGUUCGUGGAUUGCUGUAUCCACGACAUCGACCUUACCCUCUUCUUCCUCGGCGAUAUUAAGCCGAAGGCCUGCUGGGCGAUGGGCACGAUUGCCCACCACCCCGAACUCGCAGCCCUCAACGACGUCGACAACGGCAUCGGCAUGGUCGAGUUCUGGAACGGCAAACUCGCCUACUUCUACUGCUCGCGCACCAUGGCGCACGGCCACGACGUCGCGACCGAGGUCAUCGGCACGCACGGCAAAGUAAUGGUGAACGUACAUCCGCGCUCCAACAACGUCCUAGUCGCCGGCGAGCACGGUAUCAGCAACGAGGUGCAGCCCGAGUACUGGGAGCGGUUCGAGGACGCGUUCGCUACCGAGGCGAUUGAGUUUUGCGAGGCGGUGUUGGAGGACAAGCCGGUGCCGUUGCCGUUGGAGUUGGGGCUUAAGAGUCUGGAGAUUGGGUGGGCGCUGCAGGAUGCGCUGUUGACGGGGAAGGUAGUUAGGUUCGAUAGGGAGGGGAAGAGGCUGCCUGAGGGUGAGGGUGCGAAGUUGUAG